GAAUCAGAUUCGGACAACUCUCCGUCCCGCCCUUCAAGAAGACUCAAGAGGCAAGCAGGAAAUCGCUCUUUUCUCUCGGAUUCCUGACACGUCCAAAGUUACGAAAAGGCAUCGUCAUGAGCUCAAACAGACCAUCAAAUACAAACGCUGAAGAGCAACUUGAUCCUGAGGAAGAGAAACGGUUGGCUGCAGCUGCACGGGAAGCUAACCGUCUCCCAGAUCUUCGGCUGAUCAUGCUGGGUUGGCGAUGGCCAGGUAAAAGCCUGACCGGCAACACCAUUCUGGGCCGCGAAGAGUUCCGUCUAGAACGUGCCGCUGAAUUCUGUGUGAAGCGUGAAACUGAGGUGGAUAAGCGUAAAGUAACAGUAGUAGACACUCCUGGCUGGUUCUCAGCCCAGAACACACCGACAGACUACCAGCAGGAGAUGGUCCGAAGCGUUUCUAUGUGCCAACCUGGACCCCAUGCGUUUCUGCUGGUCAUACCUGUCGGCAUGUUCACAGAAACAGACCGGGCUCGUAUAGAGGAGAACUUGGCCCUUUUUGGGGAGGAUGUGUGGAAGCACACCAUGGUGGUGUUCACCUGGGCAGAGGUUUUAAAGGACAGGUCCAUAGAAAGACACAUACGAAGAGAAGGUCGUGACCUUAAUUGGUUGGUGGACAAGUGUAAGAAGAGGUACCACGUCAUCAACAACUAUAUUUUUGGCGAGCACCCACAGCUGCCUCAGCUGAUGGAGAAGGUUGAGAAGAUUGUAGCUGAAGAAGGUGGUUACUUUACCCUUAAGACAGAUGAAAUCAAAACACAAAGUCAAACUCCGAGUGUGAAUCUGAAAACCAGUUCAUUGAAAGAGAACAGGGAGCUUGGCGCUAGACCCAAACAGAAUGGCUCCUGCAACUCACUGCGGGCCAUGGAUAUGGAGCCUCCACAGAGUUUGGUUGAAGGAGUGAGUGACUAAGGCUGAGAUAACCGUUCCAGUGCUGCUGUAUUCAUUACCUCAAUUCGCCUGCACUUAAAUUAUGAAACACGAAACACCCAUGAGCCACAUAUCAGUCCACCAGUCUAGGCAGCUUCAGGAUGUAAGGUUUACAGGCAAAUGUCCCUAUACUAUAUAAAAUAUAAG